AUUUUUAUACCGCCAAAGCUUUGUCAAACAACCCCAAACCCAUUGCAUCUCCGGAGCCGAAGACCAACAAUCUUCAAUGGCGGAAUUGCCUGAAACCCAGGCCUCCAGCUCUACUUCUGAUCAUAAUAAAUCCUCUGAAGAAGUAGAGUAUCAAAAUAAUCAAACCCAGGUACCAGCAUUCCAUGGCUUACAAUCACCUAAUGGCGACGUUCAGAUGUUCCCAUUCAUGUACCCUGCACUAGUUCCUCAGUUAUAUUCUCAGCAGAACGAGGAACAAAUGAAUCGUGGACCUGGCCUUUAUGCUGUUCCUGUUCUACCAUUCGCGCAGCCUAUUGCUGGAUUUCCACCCAAUACUCUUAUUCCAUUUACCUACAAUGUACCUGUUGAACGCAGUUCUCCAGAGACUGGAGCAGCGGGAGAUGUGCAAGGACAAGUAGGUGAGCAACCACAGAACCAGCCACAACAGCAGCCUGGACCCCAGAGACAAGUUAUCGUGCGAAGAUUUCAAAUUGUAUUUCAUCUUGAUAUACCGCUUAUCUUAAAGCUGGCUGCAGUGAUUUUCUUGUUUAGCCAAGAUGGAUCCAGACAAAGGCUUACUCUCCUUGUGUUUUUUGCUUCACUUGUUUAUUUUUAUCAAACUGGAGUUCUUGCACCGUUUGUACGUUGGCUUUCACAAGGAAUGCAGAGGGCAGCUGCACCCCCCGAACCACGCAGGCGAGCUGUCAGGGCAGAGAAUGUUCCUGCUGCUGAAAGGGAAGCAAAUGAAAAUGCUGCUGCCGCAGGAGGGCAACCUGAAGGUCAGAAUGAGAAUCCGCAAGCUAAUGAUGGGAAUAGGGCAUUUGAGAAUGAGCAUGAAGUGGAACCUGCUGAAGGUAAUGUUGGGAAUCGCCGCUGGUGGGGAAUCGUGAAGGAGAUCCAAAUGAUCGUCUUUGGGUUCAUCACUUCACUUCUCCCAGGCUUUCACAACAUAGAUUAGACUGUUAAUAGAUAUUAGACUUGAUGAUCCGUGGGAUCAACCUGGGAUUAGAGAAAGAGGCGUAGUUAUAGAAGUUCGUAGAAGUUCUCAUGGUUAUGAUUCUACCAUUCCCUCUGUUGCUAUGAAUCAAUUAACAUGGUUCUGGUCUUUAUGCAAUUUGGGUUUUGAGGCUCGUGUUAGUAAUAUGUUGCUACAGAGAUGCCAUUCGAUAAUGGGGAAUUUCUGUUUUUAGGAUUCUCUGUGAACAUGUUCGAUUGCAAAUGCAUUUCCUUAUUUA